UCGACGUAAUCCCGUCUGCCUCGGGCGCAGCUUCGGGAACGUUUCUAAGACCGCUGUUUCCAGCCCGAAUAAAUACGGUGAUACACUCAAGGGCAUAAAUGCGGCCGAGGUUGUAGUUUAAGGUUUAUCUAAGUUCACAUUUUCAGUCACUGAAUCGCAGACAUGGGAUUCCGAGACGCCACAAUGACCGUGUUCGCGGCGCAUCGGACAGCCGUGCUGUGCGCGGUGGGGAUGGGGCUGGUUUCGGCCGCGUUGUGCGUCGGGUUCAGGUAUUUUCGAAGACCGAAGAAAGUUAGUCGAGUAGGGGUUGUCUCGCAGGUUAACGUGUUUCCUCUGAAAUCCGGCAAAGGACUUUCUGUAACUACUGCACAGUGCCUAGAAAUGGGUCUGAAGUAUGGCGAACUUAAAGACCGGCACUGGCUCGUCGUCACGGACGACGGCCAUCAGGUGACCGCGCGUCAGGAGCCGCGUCUUGUGCUGCUCUCCAUGACCUGUCAGGAUGGUCGUCUGUGCCUGAAUGCCCCUGGAAUGGAGCAGCUGAGCAUUCCCCUUUCUCAACCUCAAAACCAGGUCAUAAACUGCAGAGUGUGGAGCAGUGACAUUCAGGGUAGAGACUGUGGGGAACCGGCAUCUCUCUGGAUCACUCGCUACCUGUCUGGUGACAAGACCUUCCGCGUGGUGCAGUUCGAACCCCAGAUGAAGGGACGCAGCCCGGUGGAAAAAUUCCCUUUUUUCCUUAAGCACGAAAAGGUGGCGUAUCCCGACACCGCUGCUAUCCUGUUAAUGACCGAAAGCUCAGUGACGGACCUGAACACCCGCUUGAUGGACAAAGUCACAACGGCCUGGUUCCGACCCAGUAUUGUGGUGACUGGCUGUGACGCCUACGCUGAGGAUUCCUGGGACGAGCUGCAGAUCGGCAGAGUGAGACUACGUCGCGCCAUGGCUUGUUCGAGGUGCCUUUUAACGACCGUGAAUCCUGAUACUGGAGUCAUUUCUCGUAAAGACCCACUGGAAACUCUUAAAAGCUACCGCAUGUGUGACGCGUCUGAGAAGCAUGUUUACGGAAGCUCACCACUGUUCGGGCAGUACUACAGCGUCAUUAAAACUGGAGCCAUUCAAGUUGGAGAUGCUGUGUAUACAAUUACUAACUGAAUCAAUGGAGUUUUUGUAAGUUACUUUAAAGAGAAAAUGAAAAAAAAUGUAUACUGACACUGUAUAAAUAUAUAAAUGGUAAUACUCUCCCAAUUAUUUGCUUAAUUACUCAUAGCAUCAAUAUACUGCCAAUUAUCUGUUCUGGUCUGAUCUAUAACAUUAUUGUAUUUUUUAUGCAGUGAUGAGUACAUAAAAUACAUUGAUGUUGUUACUUUGGUUGUUGUACCCUAGUGGUAAAAUUAAAGACUAGGGUGGUGUAUCUGUUAUAUGAGGUGUUAUGGCAAAUGAAAGUCCAUUCUUCUAUAACGGAAGCAAUUCAAAUGAGAAAUUUGUAAUUCAUUCAGUUGAGAAAUAUGCGUUUUAUAUGGUACAUUCAUAAGAUUUCAUCUCGCUUCAUGAAUUCUAUUAUGUAAUUACAUAUAAUUUUAAUUCCAAGCAAAAGCGCACAGAAAGUCUCUUGUGCAAAAUAUACUUGAGUUUUUUUUGAUCAGGGAACACAUUAUCAUAAUCCAGAUGAGAUCCAGAAAAACUUUCACCACUGAAAAUCAAUGCUGAAACCUGAACGCAGUCUAAAACGAAUUUGCAAUAUCUAUAUUCCGUAAUAAGUAGGCAAAUAAUUGUCUGUGAUUUUAGAUCUUUUGUAUCAGAUGCAAUUCUAUAAACGGUGUAUCAUUAUACUUGGACAUGAAACCAGUGACAGGAUUUGCUUUAUAUUAACCAAGACAAUCUGGUAACAAUUUAAUAAAUGCUCUAAAAUGA